AUGGUUAAGCAUGUAUUAAUGCUUGCAGCUUCAUCAAGUUUGUUUGCAUCUGCUAACUCUGUCGUGAAGUUUAAUGGGCUCAAUUAUGGGGAAUGGUCUGAACAGAUCUGGUUUACACUGGGUGUUAUGGCAUUGGACUCUGCCAUACUAACAGAUGAUGAGCCUGCAGCCAUUAUAGAAGAAAGCUCUGAAGCUGAAAAAUCUCGGUUUGAGAGAUGGGAGCGAUCUAACAGGCUGAGCUUGAACCUCAUGAGGAUGACGAUGGCAGAAAGUAUAAAGCCAUCUAUGCCUAAGACAGAGAAAGCAAGGGAAUUCUUACAGAAAAUUAAGGAGUGUUCACAAUCGGAUUUGGCUGACAAGUCUAUUGUAGGAAGCUUAAUGAAUGAGCUAACUACAAGAAAGUUUGACUGGUCUCAGCCAAUCCAUGAUCAUGUGACACACAUGUCUAACUUGGCAGCAAAGUUAUCGACCCUAGGAAUGGAAGUGAAUGAGCAUUUCUUGGUCCAAUUCAUCAUGAACUCUCUGCCUUUUGAGUUUAGCCAGUUCCAGGUGAACUACAACACCAUUAAAGACAAAUGGAACUUUAAGGAGUUAAAGGCUAUGCUGGUUCAAGAGGAAGGGAGAUUAAAGAAGAUGAGAGACCAUGUUGCUAAUUUCGUGGGUCAUGGAAGUGCCAGCAGCAGCAAAGGAAAACUGAGUAAAAUGGGUAAAAAGAAGGAUAAGACUUUCAUGAAGGGACCUGAGAGUCAAAUCCAGAAGGAGAGGAAGUGUUUCUUCUGCAAGCAAGUGGGACACUUCAAGAAAGAUUGCCCUAAAAGAAAGGCAUGGUUCGAUAAGAAAGGUAAACAUCACAGUUUCGUUUGCUCUGAAUUGAACCUUAUAGAAGUGCCUAAUAAUACUUGGUGGCUAGAUUCUGGUGCAACUACUCAUGUGUCUCAUAUUAAACAGGGAUUCAGUUCGAUCCAGCCUAUAAGAGGACCUGAACAGUACUUGUUCAUGGGAAACAGGAUGAAAGCGCGUAUAGAAGGCAUUGGGACAUAUAAAUUGAUCAUGGACACUAGUUGUCAUGUGAAUCUUGAAGGGUGUCUUUAUGUACCUGAGUGUGUUAGAAAUCUUGUUUCUGUAAGUAGGUUGGACAAUUUAGGUUUUGAUUUUAAGAUAGGACAUGGUGUAUUCUCAUUGUACCGAAAUGAUUACUUUUAUGGUAGUGGUACUUUAUUUGAUUCACUUUAUCGGUUCAAUCUUGAUGCAAAGUUCUCUGAAUCCUUAUUUAAUAUUGAAAGUCGUGGCAUUAAACGUAGUGCAUCAGAUGAAAGUUCUGCUUUCUUGUGGCAUCAAAGGUUAUGUCACAUUUCCAAAGAAAGGAUGAUGAGGUUGGUAAAGAAUGAAAUUCUACCUCAGUUGGAUUUUAGUGAUCUAAAUGUGUGUAUAGACUGCAUUAAAGGAAAGCAGACUAAACAUGUUGUAAAGAAACCAGCCACAAGAAGCACUCAGCUGCUUGAGUUAAUUCAUACCGAUAUAUGCGGCCCUUUCGAUGCUCCCUCUUGGAGUGGCGAAAAAUACUUUAUCACCUUUAUUGAUGAUUACUCACGUUAUGGAUAUACAUAUCUCCUGCAUGAAAAAUCUCAGUCUGUGAAUGUCUUAAAAGUGUUCAUUGAUGAGGUGGAAAGGCAGUUGGAGAGAAAAAUAAAAGUGGUGAGAUCUGAUAGAGGUGGUGAGUUUUAUGGAAAAUUCAAUGAAAGUGGACAAUGUCCUGGUCCAUUUGCAAAGUUACUUGAAAGUAAAGGCAUUUGUGCACAGUAUACAAUGCCUGGUACUCCUCAGCAGAAUGGUGUAGCUGAGAGGCGGAAUCGUACUCUAAUAGAAAUGGUUAGGAGCAUGUUAAGUAAUAGUUCUUUACCCCUUUCAUUGUGGAUAUAUGCAUUAAGGACUGCAACAUAUGUGUUGAACCGGGUUCCUAGUAAGGCAGUUCCUAAGACCCCUUAUGAACUGUGGACAGGAAGGAAACCUAGUUUAAGGCACUUACGUGUUUGGGGUUGCCCAGCAGAAGUAAGGUUCAUUGAGAACGGUGAAACUAGUGGGAGUGGUGAAUCUAGAAAGGUGGACAUUCAAGAAAUUCAGGACGAAGUUUCUUCUCCUGUUGUUUCACCUCCUAUAGUUGUUCCUAUUGUUGCAUCACAGACAAAUAGCACAAUAGAACAACAUGAUGAUGAGCUAAUCCCACCAGAUGAUAAUAUUAUCAAUGAACCUGUCACAAUUCAAGAAGAGAAUAGUGCACCACAAGAACCAUUAAGGCGAUCUGAUAGAGCAAGGAGAUCUGCCAUUUCUAAUGAUUAUGUGGUUUACAUACAAGAUAUCCAUCAAUUUCUUUGCUAG